AUGUCGUCCCCAGCCGAUCAAGCCUCCACGGCACCACAAACUACUCCACACCAACAGACCUCAGGAUCGCGGCCCCAGAGCAGGAACGAGCCUCCAUCGACCGGUUCGGUAGAGAUGAAGACCCUCGAGGCCUCUGGCGCAGCAUCCGCGCCUGCAGACACGACCACGCACACUACAGACGCAUCCGCUGUAGCUCCAGCAGCUACACCUGCAGAGCAACCCGUCGAGUCUAGCACCUCAGAAGAUGCGCCCGUCGCUCCUUCAUCUCCUGCGAAGCUCGCGCCCCCUUCUGUGCUAAAUCGCGCAGAUACCGAGGCCAUCGGUCCGUCGACAGACACACCGGCCGCAAACCCAGACAAUACGAACGGUCCUGUGCUAGUAAUAAUGCUGCUUCUUACCAGCGGCGCAAGGCAUCCGUACAAGAUUGACGAAAAGUACCUGAAGAAGCGCAGUGUCAAGGUGGAGAACAUGGACCCGUACAACAUUAGCGUCUAUACCCUAAAAGAGCUGAUAUGGCGAGACUGGCGGGAAGAGUGGGAGGCUCGGCCCACCUCGCCUGGAUCGAUAAGGCUCAUUCAUUUUGGUCGCAUGCUCGAUGACAAGUCGCCACUCAAAGAAUGCCGAUUCCAAACAGAUACCCCUAAUGUCGUUCACAUGACUGUCAAGCCACAAGAGGUCGUUGACGAAGAAGAAAACGCCAAGACUGGUAAAUCUGGGAGCCGGAGAGAGAGCGACGAAGAGCCCACGGCUACCUGCCGUUGCGUCAUCCUAUAA